GCGACAAGAGAGAAUUAUCAAAUUAGGUACCUACAUACUUACCACCCGAUCUAAAGGUAUUUUGUGUGUCGCUAUUCAUAUUAAUUUUGUGCUCGUAUUGUUUUUCCGUUGUUCAGUGCGCUGCACAAGUAUCUUAUUCUGAAUGUGCAGCACUUUUAGUUUAACAUUUGUGCCGUAGUAAGCUUUCCGGCCGCAAUAUGCCUGACAAAAUGAAAUAUAUAUUGGUUACUGGAGGAGUAAUAAGCGGCGUAGGAAAAGGUGUAAUCGCCAGUUCUUUUGGAACUAUUCUCAAGAGCUGUGGCAUUGAUGUUACAUCAAUUAAAAUCGAUCCUUAUAUAAAUAUCGAUGCUGGAACUUUCUCACCGUACGAGCAUGGUGAAGUUUAUGUACUCGAUGACGGCGGGGAAGUCGACCUUGAUCUUGGCAACUAUGAACGCUUCCUAGACAUCACAUUACAUAGAGACAAUAAUAUAACAACAGGAAAGAUUUACCAGCAGGUAAUAGAAAGAGAAAGAAGAGGGGAUUAUCUUGGGAAAACAGUCCAAGUUAUACCUCAUAUUACUGAUGCUAUUCAAGAAUGGGUCCAAAGAGUGGCUCAUAUUCCUGUGACAGCAGAGAACACUCCUCCAAGGGUUUGCAUAGUAGAACUUGGAGGAACUAUUGGUGACAUAGAAGGCAUGUCAUUUGUGGAAGCUUUCAGACAAUUCCAGUUUAGAGUGAAGAGGGAAAACUUCUGUUGUGCACAUGUUUCCCUUAUACCUAUGCCGAAAGCUACUGGAGAGCCAAAAACAAAACCAACACAGUCUUCUGUGCGUGAACUUCGCGGCCUGGGUCUGUCACCCGAUCUAAUAUUAUGUCGUUCAGAAAAACCAAUCAAUCACACUGUUAAAGAGAAGAUUUCUAACUUCUGUCAUGUUGCACCAGAACAGGUAAUUUGUAUUCAUGACCUAAGCUCUGUAUACCAUGUGCCCUUGCUGAUGGAAGCGGAGGGUGUCGUAAAAUACCUUAAUGAGAGGCUGCAACUUAACAUUUCAAUGCCACGUCCAGGAAGAUUCAUGCAAAAAUGGCGGAAUUUAGCAAAACGUGUGGAUAAUCUAAGAAAAGAAGUAAAUAUUGCACUAGUCGGGAAGUACACGAAACUGGAAGAUAGCUAUGCUAGUGUGACCAAAGCUUUGCAGCACGCUUGCAUAGCGUCAGGGUGUAAACUAAAUCUCACCUAUAUUGAAGCUGUGAAUUUGGAGAAACAAAUGAAAAUUGAUGACCCAGUGAACUAUCAUAAAGCAUGGCAGGAUCUGUGCAAAAGCGAUGGUGUAAUAGUACCUGGAGGUUUUGGUCAAAGGGGUAUGGAGGGUAAAAUCGAAGCCUGUCAAUGGUGCCGUGAAACACAGAAACCCAUGUUAGGCAUUUGUUUGGGAUUACAAGCGGCUGUCAUAGAAUUUGCGAGGAAUGUGCUGGGUUUGAAAGCAGCAAAUAGUACCGAAGUGGACCCGAAUUGCGAGGACAAAUUAGUGAUAGACAUGCCUGAACACCACCCUGGUAAUCUUGGCGGAACCAUGAGGUUAGGCAAAAGGAAGACGUAUUUAGAACCUAGUCUUAUCACUCGGUUAUACAACAAGGAAAUAAUAGAAGAGCGACACCGGCACCGCUAUGAAGUGAACCCGGAGUACAUAGAGCAACUAGAGGCGGCCGGGUUGAGAUUUGUCGGCAAAGACGAGACUAAGACUCGAAUGGAAGUGGCCGUGGUCGACACGCAUCCGUACUACGUAGCCGUGCAAUUCCAUCCGGAGUAUUUGUCACGGCCAUUGUCGCCUAGCCCGCCGUUUUUGGGGUUAAUCCUAGCUUCCCUGGGCAAGCUCAAGAGUUAUAUGUCCAAAGGCUGCCGGUUCAGUCCGCGGAACCAGUCUGACGUCAGUUCAGAUGAAGAAGACAUACUUAGUUUGAUCGACGAUUGCAAACUAGUCGAGAACGGUAAACCAAUAAAUGGUGUCAAAAAUGAUUAAAAAUAUUGAAUCAUUAUAAACUUCUAAGUAGGCUUUAUUUCAAUGUUGUUAGUUGUUUUUGCUUAAACUAUUUUAAGAUAACAGUGUAACAUUACAAUCAGCACUUAUCUGUAAAUUUUAUUGUGUUAGUGUUUUAGCACAUUACUUUCAUCUCGAAAUAUUUUAGUUUUUAGUAGUUAUUAUUGCCUUCCCUGAUAUCUAGGGAUAGUUAAACGUUUUAUUUUUUAUUCAAAACUGUAUGGCUAGUGACUUGUUAUCGUGAUAUGUACCAGUUUGUAAAUUUGUAUCUGCCAUAACGAAUGCUUUAUACAUACAUCAUACUAUAUACCCAUUCUUACUAUAGUUACUGCUAUACUUAAAUACUGCCAUUAUUUAUUUCAACAAAUUAAAAAAAAAAUCUACUUUUAUGUUAACUAAAUAAAGACGUUAGUGUUUGACAACUGUUAUGUAUGUAAGUCGCAAACUUAAGAUUUAUGUGUUUUACAAGUAACUUAAAUGAAGCCACUAUGUGCUUUGUGAUGAUGAUUUGAUUUAUACUUAUAUUCCGAUUAAUUUCUCGUAUUUUUAAUUACUGAAAAACCGUUUGAAUAAUCCCAUCCGAUUAUAGUUUGAACAUAGAAAAAUACUAAUAAAAUGAUAAGUUAAUCCACAUAACUAUUUGAUUUUAGGCUUACUUAAUUGUAUCUUAUAUCUUCCUAGUCAACCUCACAGCAUAAUAAUUCAGCCCAGUAAACGUUUGUAUACUUCAUUAGUUUUAUAUCAUCAUAUUUAUCUUAUAUUUUUAUACUGGUUUGGCAGUAAAAAUAUAAAUAGUUACACUUUAUGAAACUGAAAUCUUAAACUAGCAGGCAAAGAAAUAUGAAUAAUGGCAAUUUUUUUUACUAGAAAUAAAAGAAGCUGCCAGUAGCAGCCAGGUCGCCAUAACAUAAGCCAGAGAGACCUACCUGUUAGGCCUUACAUUUGGGUAAGGAGGCUGCCCUCUUAUGGCGGCUCCCUCGUUAGGGGAAUGUCAAUUAAUAAGUAGGGUGAAUAUUAAACUAACUUUUAUUUGUGGUCUUACGACAAAAAGUUAUUCAUUUAAGAUCAGAUCAAAAGUACAUUUAAAACUGAGGGGUUGACAAUUAUCUAAGUGUAAACUUGAUUGUGAGUCGCCAGCUUUAUCCGAACAUCUGGCAUCCAUGUCUGACAAUAAAAAGGCCAAACCCGGGUUACUAGUGCAUUAAAAUUUUAAAUCACCCCAAAUGAGCCUUCCAGUUAAGGGUUAAGUGAUAUUUCUCUUAUAUUUCUUGAAAUAAGUUUUAAAACUGGUAAAAUCUAUAAUAAAGGGUAUGUUCGCAUCAUGGUAACAUUAAAAAUGUUGCGAUCCUGCUAUAAAGGUAUAGCCAUUUAGAUAGUUAAGUGUAAGAUUUGUAAACAAUUGUUAUUACUAUUAAGCAAUUUUUUUUUAUUUCGAAAUAGUAAUAGAUUUAUUUUGAUAAUAGGAUACAAGGUAUCGCUAAUGGCGUCAAUAUAAAUUAAGUAUAAUUUUAUGUAUUACUGCUACCAAAACGUACCGGACGUCAAUAUACAAUUAUUUUUAUUUCAGGUAUGUACUGUUAUGAAAUACACGUAUUUUGUAAACCCUAGGCCCUACGGCUCAAGUUCUGAGGUUCGUAGUUUCUGAGGUUGCAACUUAGAUUGCGAAAAAGAGAGAUCAAAAAUGUGUACUUUUUAAAUACCCGUGAUGAUUAAUGUCUCCUGAAAGAUUAACACAAGUUUUUUUGUUUUUCAUUUUUGUAUUAUUAUGAUGAUUAUUGAAACAUGCAGAAAUAUUUACUUUCCCAACGUUUUGCUGGGAAAAUAUUUUUAAGAAAAAAUAUAUUCUUCCCUUUCUUUUUUGUGGCUAAUUCAACAUUCAUCAUAACAUGAUGAAAUAUUUACAAACAAUUGAACAAAUGUAAUUUUAUUAUAUGGAAAAUUCACUUUGCCAAUUACAUACAUAUAUUGAUUAAAUUUUUAUAAUAUGUACUUUGUACAUUCCUAAAAACAAAAAUUUUACAAUUCAUAUUUUCAUGACAUUAGUAAAAUAAGUUGAAUUUAAUUAAUUUUUGUAUUUUCACAAAUAAAUGAAUCUCUUGUGAGUUAAAUACUAAAAUAAUAUAAUUUUUAAAGCAAUAGAAAUGUGUUUUAUCCACGAUUUUUGUUAACAUGUAAGCAGUUCACAAUUGUAAUUAAUUAAAAAAUAAUACCUGUUAUUUUGCCUUAAUUAAUAAUAUGUAAGAAAGAUAAAAAGUGGUGAUGUAAUGGCUGUUGUAAUUGCGUAUAAAUGAAGUAGACGUAUAUUUUUAUCGGUAGAUAUUGUUAUAGUAAAUAUGUAUUAUUACAGUAUAUGAGAACCUAAAUGUCACUAUUUAAAAAAAUAGUAGAAAUAUUCUAUAAAUAAUUAAUGUUCUAUACGUUUUUAUAAAUGAUCAUGAUUAGAAGUGCCGUGAUAUAGUAUAAAAUGUAUUUUUACGUCUACAUGUGUUACAUUCAUAUAACAUGUUUUUGUUCCGUAUGUAAAAUUAUUACUUAUGUAUAAAUUUUAAAUAAAAUGAAAAUGUCAAUGCAUUUUUUGAAUUCUUAAAUUUGUCGUGAUAAUUUGAUAAAUUGUGUGAAUAACUAGAUUUACUAGAAUUAUACAAGCAUAGCAACAUCGCUAGCCAACUUUAGUCGAAGUUUUUGAUAGCCGUAAGACCAUUCCAUUGUUACGUUUUCAUUUCCAUGCAGUUUAUAAAAAU